AUAAAAAAUGGCCAUUCACCUUAAUAAAAAAAGUGGAGCGCCAGUAUACCAUCGUAACGGCGAAGCAUCAUCUAAAAACUAUUCAAUUUUUGGGGAUAAUGGCAUGAUGAAUUAUGCAUAUGUAUCUUCUGAUGAGGAUUCUGAUAGCCAAGGACAUUACACAAUGCCUACCAAGACACCUGAAUAUUUUAACAAUGAAGAAUUAAAGAAAAAAGGGACUUCAUCAUCCAGUGGAGAUUAUAGAAAGAAGGAUACAACAGUGGACCGACCUGUCAUUCUCUCAAAAAAUAAGCUUUCUAGUAAAAAGUUUGUCUGGCCUUACGGCGGAAAAAAUGUUUUUUUGACUGGCACCUUUGAUGAUUGGAAAGGUUCAAUCCAAAUGACACCUGUCAGUUCAACAAACAUUCACAAUAAUCUGUUUUACGUUACGGUAGCGGGGCUUGAUUUCUCUAGGGACAUACUUUACAAGUUUGUAGUAGAUGGCCAAUGGUGCUAUGAUAUUAAAAGAGAUCAUGUCACAGAAGCUUCCGGCAACAUCAACAAUAUCAUAUAUGCCAAUAGUUCAUAGCGGACCUUUCUCAACAUUACAUUAUCCUCAUUACUUAAUUAUACACAAGCGCAUCAAAAUAAACGAGUUUAUUCAUAUACGUCUUGCACUAAGACAUCACCAUCGAGUAGCGAAUUAUACACUUCAUUUUCGAGCAGAUCUUAUUGAGGAGGUUUCAUUCAUAGAAACGAGAGGUAGCUGGUUAGCAAGUGUGCUCUUUUCUUAUUAACCAAGAAGAUUAUGCUUGUCCAAGAAAAUCAUUUAUCAUCGCUUAUAUGGCUUUUGACCUCAUCAAGCGAU